AUGUUUUCCGUCCUUCGGCAACGAGGAUCCCAGAUGAUAUGGUCAGAUCUAUACGAAUUAGCUGCAGCUCCAGCUCCCCAAUCCGCAUCCCCAGCAUCCCCCCCAACAUGCGGAACCUGCAACCCCCUCUCAGGCGAAAACCACUGCGACGUGACAACCUCAUGCAUCAACACCGGCACGCGCUUCCACUGCGCCUGUCGUGCGGGAUACAAAGCCUCCCACCAGAACAACGACAUCACUAAACAGUUCCGCUUGAAUGUCCCCGGCUAUCAGUUUCUGGUCUUCACGCCUGAAUAUACCCAGUGUGAUACUCUGUGCGAUAAUCCGUAUGGAGCGAGUGCGCAGUUGUGUUCUGAGGUGCCGAUUUAUGGACAGUGUGGGGUUUGAGAUAUUGAAUUCAUUUUGGAGGAGGUGGAAGGUUUGGGUGGGAAAUGGGAGGGUGUGAUAGUUGGGGGGGUUUGGGGAGGAAGGGAUUUGGGUGAUGUGUUCGUGUUGGAGAAUUGUUUGCAACUUGGGUACUACUACACUCUUUACUAGAUAUAUGAUGCAUGUUGUACUGCUUGAUUAUUCAAUGCCAUUCAUUUAGUUGUGAUGAUAUCAAGA